AUGAGUGUUGAAGUUCCACUCGGCCCACUACUUUACCUUCGUGUCUGGCAUGACAAUUCUGGUAUAAAAACCAAAGCAUCAUGGUACUUGAAUAUGAUCAACGUUUUGGAUUUACAAACAGGAGAGAAAAACUAUUUCAUAUGCGACAACUGGCUCGCUGUGGAGAAAGGCGAUGGACUCGUCGAUCGUGUUGUUCCAUUAGCAACUGCAAAAGAAUUGAAAAGUUUCGCUCAUUUAUUCACCCAAUCUGUCAAGAAGAAAUUCAGCGACGGCCACUUAUGGUUUUCAGUGUUUUCACGUCCAGUACGAAGUAAUUUUACUCGUCUACAACGUAUAUCAUGUUGUAUUUCAUUGCUCUUCUGUACAAUGAUAUCAAAUGCCAUGUUCUAUCGACAAGAUACACAAGCCACUGCUAAUAAAGCUGGUGUUCUGAUGAAAAUUGGUCCUAUUGAAUUUACUUUAACACAACUCUGGAUCAGUUUCAUCGGCACAUUGAUUGUUUUACCAGUGAAUUUGAUUAUUGUAACCCUAUUUCGAAAAGCGAAAUAUAGUCAACAGACAUUGGUGAGACAUCAGUUGAAAGAUAUCAAACGCCGAAAGAAAGCCGAUGAAAAAGACGAACAGUAUCGAGAAACAUCAAGAUUCUUCUCACGGGCCAAAUAUCGUUUGACACAUGCGAAGAAAAUAGACGAAGACUCUCUCGAACGUAUUGGAGCCAUACCUUCAAUUGAAGAUAAAACAAGAACAUUCCCACACUGGACAAUCUACAUCGCAUGGGGAUUGGUUACAUUGAGUAUUUUAACAUGUUCAUUCUUCAUCAUUCUGUAUUCAUUGGAAUGGGGAGCUAAACGAGCAAAUGAAUGGUUGAUAACAAUGAUGCUUUCAUUUGGUCAAUCGAUUCUCGUCAUUGAUCCUUUGAAAGUCUUUUUGAUUACGGCGAUUAUCAGCUUUCUUAUUCGUCGACCAUACGAUGAUGAAACGCUGGAUUUUAACGAUCCGUUUACUGGAGCAUUGAUUUCAAACAACAGCACGGCAGAAAAAGAUGGCGAUGAAAACUAUAAUGAUAUGAAAGUCAAAGAUAUCGCUCGGCAGCGUCGUGUCCGAUUAUUUGACUUGCGACCAAUUGACGCAAAAGAAAUGUCUCGUGCACGUGCACAGCGUUUACAAGAAAUCAAAAUGGGCGAAAUCAUACGUGAAAUCGUUGUCUAUACAUUCUUCACAAUCGUUCUACUAUUUCUUUCCUACCAAGCACGGGAUACAAACUCCUAUGGUCUAUAUCGUGAUACGAAGAAUUUGUUCAUUACCGAUGAGUUUAGAGAUGUUAGUUCAAUUCGUACAUGGUGGGAGUAUUGUGACAAUGUCUUGUUGAAAGGAUUGUAUGCACAAACAUGGUACAAUGAUAAACAUUUAACAUGGAGAGAAAAAUUAACAAUAGGCAGUCGAGCCUCUAUGCGUGUUGGUGCACCACGAAUUCGUCAGUUACGUGUCAAGGAAAACAGCUGCCGAGUACAUCGUCGUGUGAAACACAUUAUUUCACAUUGUCGAGAUGAUUACAAUUGGUUUGAUGAUGAUACCAAGCACUAUUCAGCAGGUUGGGGGAGAGUCUUAACCAACGAUGAAGCAAGAAUGAGUAAUGAGAAUAAUAAUGAAACAAAACGUUGUCGAACACCAUGGUGUUAUCAGAAUAGCGCUCGUACGAAGAGUGGACCGAUGAAAGCGCUUUAUAAAACCUACAAGGGCGGUGGUUACGUUGUUUCAUUGGGUCGAACUUACGAAAAGAGUCGAACAGUGCUCGAACAACUUCGUUCAUUGAACUGGCUCGACCAAUUGACUCGUGCGGUUGUCAUUGAUUUUUCACUUUACAAUGCCAAUGUGAAUCUUUUUGUUGCUGUGACGCUUUCAUUCGAAAUGACAUCCAUGGGCUCUGUUAUUCAAGACCAUCAAAUAAAAAUCUUUCGAUUAUAUGAUCAUAUCGGUGGUUACGGUAUGCUGGUAUAUAUAUUCGAACUGUUGUUUGUUAUUUUUACAAUCUACUCAACCGUUCAUGAACUGUCGUUACUUAUCAAGCAAAAACGAGCAUAUUUCCAAAAAUUUUGGAAUGACAUCUCAUUUAUUACCACCAUAUUGAGUAUUUCAGCAAUAGUCAUGUAUGGUACAAAGAAAACACUAACAAGACUAGCUAUUCGAUCAUUGAGAAAGACCGAAAUGGGCGAAUUCGUCAACUUCAAUGCCAUCGGAAGUUUUGAUGAAGUAUACUCAUACAUCGUUGCUUUGAUCACAUUCUUUACUAUGUUGAAAUUCUUGAAACUACUUCGAUUCAAUAAGCGUAUUGGAAUGUUAUCGAAAUCACUGCAUUAUGCUCAACAAGAUUUAAGUUCAUUCGGAUUCGUCUUCUUGAUAUUUAUGAUUGCUUAUGCAGUUAUGGGUUUUGCUGUAUUUGGUCGCUCACUUGAAUCCUACAAGAGCUUCUUCAAUGCCUUGACAACAUGCUUUCGAAUGCUCUUGGGUGAAAUUAAUGCGCCGGAUAUGUUCGCUGUUAGUCGACUCUACGGUACAUUCUAUUUCAUGUCAUUUAUCAUUUUGGUCUUUAUCGCAUUACUAAGUAUCUUCUUAACUAUUUUGAAUGAUUCGUUUGCGCAUGUUAAACGAGAAUUGGCUGCAUCGCAACAGAAGAAUGACAUGAUGGAUUUCAUGUGGUCUGCUUUCCGCAAAGUGGCUGGAGUAAACAACAAAAAAGUUGAUGAAGAUGACAAUGACGCAAUAAAAAACGAAAUUUCAUCCAUGUUCAGUUCAAUGAGCAAAACCAAUGAUGCACCAUUGGCGCAAUUUGAUGGCGAUGACCUUUAA